GCGCGCUACCUAUGCUCAAGAGACGGCAGGCCGAGCAUCGGCCUUCUUCCACCUCAUUCUUGACGGCGUGUCCUAAGACGAAACUGGCAGGAUCAAGAAUACGGCAACAACUUCCAUUGUUGAUUGCCCGCAAUCGCAGUACAUCCUCCUUCACCAUUGCAUUGCACCAUCCAUAUAUUUGUAAGCAUCCCGGAGGACUGCGAGGCAAGCAGCCAACCAGAUGCUCCCGAAGCUCAACCCGAACCCACUUGGACCAAGAUGACGGCGAUGAGAUAAUGCUGGAGCGGGGCAGCAGCUUCCCCCACCAUCCAAGCGCAAGCUGGGCGUGACAGCGUGUGGUGCUGGCCAUUCACCGGGACUUGGACCACGGCAUAAUACCUGCUAGAAUCGGAGAGGAGGGGUAAGGUAGGUAAAUGCCGGACUUUAGGGGAAAUUCCAGCGGGCGAGAAGACGAACAACCUUGCCGUGUUUGCUGCUUUCCAGUGGUUCUCUGACGGAAGACAAGGCGAGGCGAGGCGAGCUUCUGUACCUCGGAAUUCCGAAUUGUGCCUCUUCUUGCUACCUUAAGGUACCUUACGGAAUACCACGUCUCAUCCCCAUUGGGCGUCCACAGAGUUCGUGCAAGCCGGCCGUCGGUGCCCGCCCCUUUCCAUUCGCAGUGAGGGAUCCAUCUUGAGUGAGGUAUUGUGUGUGCGUGUGUGUCUCUUCUCUUCCCCAGUGUUCCCCCGUCUGAGCUGGCCCGUCUCAGAGACUCCAUAAGGUACUUUCCCCUUCUUCCCCUCUUUGCACCUUGAACCUUCAUCAUUUCCCUUCUCCUCAACAUCUGCUGCGUGAACAACCACAACCGCAAAACAACAAAACCAAUUCAAACCCAAAGUACCACAAAAAAUCAAUCAAAAUGGUCAAGGCUGUCGCUGUCGUCCGUGGUGACUCCAAGGUCACCGGCUCCGUUGUCUUCGAGCAGGAGUCCGAGUCCGCUCCCACCACCAUUACCUGGGACAUCACCGGUAACGACGCCAACGCCAAGCGUGGCAUGCACAUCCACACCUUUGGUGACAACACCAACGGCUGCACCUCCGCCGGCCCUCACUUCAACCCCCACAACAAGACUCACGGCGCCCCCGAGGACGCGAACCGCCACGUCGGUGACCUUGGCAACAUCGAGACCGAUGGCCAGGGUAACUCCAAGGGCACCGUCACCGACAAGCACGUCAAGCUGAUCGGCCCCGAGAGCGUCAUCGGCCGCACCGUCGUUGUCCACGGCGGCACCGACGACCUCGGCAAGGGUGACAACGAGGAGUCCCUCAAGACUGGCAACGCCGGUCCCCGUCCCGCCUGCGGUGUCAUUGGUAUCUCCAACUAAGCUCUGUGCCCGAAUAGCCACUGUCUUGGGACGGAUUGCCAUCUGAGGUGGGGGGUUGUCAAGCUCUUGAUAUGCUUCAUUUCACAAUUCUCGCUGGCUGUAUUGAAGGCAGCUGAAAAUUGAUAGUAGAAGCCUUCAACCGUAGUAUGGCAUCUUCAAAAAAGUAAUACAAAAAAAAAAAAAAUCACCGUAAAUCGCAUCUCUGAAUCGGCAUGGUGAAUAGCAUCAAAACUGAAGCUAAAUGCUAAGUAUCCAGCGGGAGUUGCGGGGCUGGUCCUUGCACUGUGAGGGGUAGGACAUGACGUGAACGCUGCCAUUACUGGCAUGAUGGUGUCUUUUCCUUAGUAACAGUUGCAACAAGGCACUCGGACACUUUGAAUAUCCCAGAGACGAGAAAAAUUCUUGGCAACAAUUCGAAUUAGUAUAGAAACACUG